CAAUGACUUUUUAUGGAAGGCCAAGCGAGGCUUCCUAAUCCCACUGUAAAAUAAAUAAGAGUCCUUCCGCUCUUAUAAGUAAACAAAGAUAGGAAAAAAGAAAAGAAAUGGCGAAUGAUGAAGUAAAGCUUUUCGGAUACUGGGCAAGUCCUUAUGCUGUUAGAGUUGAAUGGGCACUGAAAAUUAAAGGAAUUGAAUAUGAGUACAUAGAUGAAGAUCUUAUGAAUAAAAGUCCCAUGUUGUUGCAGUACAAUCCAGUUCAUAAGAAGAUCCCAGUACUAGUCCACAAUGGAAAACCCGUUACAGAGUCUCUAGUUAUCAUUGAGUACAUUGACGAAACUUGGAAACAAAAUCCCAUAUUUCCUGAAGAUCCUUACGAAAAGGCACAAGCACGUUUCUGGGUCAAGUUUGCUGAUGAAAAGUAUCAACCUUCAAUAUUGAAUGCAUUCGUUAAAGAAGGCGAGGAGCUAGAAAAAGCUACGAAGGAAACUCAGGCAAUUCUGAAAACUCUUGAAACGGGUUUAAAGGGUAAGUUCUUUGGAGGUGAAAAGAUAGGAUUUACGGACAUUGCUCUUGGAUGGAUUCCUUUCUGGACUAGAAUGGCCGAAGAAAUUAUUGGCGUUAAGCUUGUGGAUAAAGAGAACGUGCCUUUGAUUAACGCAUGGUUUGAAGAUGUUCUUGAUGUUGAGAUUCUAAAAGAGAUAUUACCACCUCGAGAUAAAAUGUUGGCCAAAAUGAAAACGUACCGUGAAUCGCUUGUAUCUGCAGCUGCGACCACCUGAGAGUCCUCCUAUUUUCAAGACUCAACUAUUAGUUUACUGCUUGAUAUUUCAUUUAUAAAGCUGUUUAGAGAGUGUCGAAUGUUAAUAAUUUCGACUAUCUGCUUGGUCACGGUUGCUAUAAAAUAAUGGCAUGAAAAGAUUUGUUCUCGGGUGAGAUUCCUAGUUCGUCUUCUCGGGUGGAUGACACUUCCCAUUUAUGAGUCAUUAAGCAAAUUCAGAUUUUGGGCUAUGAGACAUAUUUUUGUGUCAAUCCCGUAAAUGUUGAGUCGCUGAAUAAAUUUUUUGGUCAAUUUAGUA